ACUUGGGCGGUGUGCACUUUUGAUAAACUAGAACGUGAGAUGGCUCGUACGCAAAAAGUCAAGCGUGCUGUGCGCAAGGACGCCGUUACCCGUGAAUAUACUAUUCAUCUUCACAAACGCAUUCAUGGUGUUGGAUUUAAGAAAAGGGCUCCUCGUGCUUUGCAGGAAAUCCGUAAAUUUGCUCGUAAAAUGAUGGGCACUGAGGAUGUUCGCGUCAAUGUGCGAUUGAAUGAGUUUAUAUGGUCAAAGGGAGUUCGUAAUGUUCCCUAUCGAGUUCGCGUCAAACUAGCGAGAAAACGCAACGAAGACGAGGAUUCCCCUCAUAAGUUCUACACACUUGUAUCCUACGUCCCUUGCGCUGACUUUAAAGGAAAGCAGAACAUCAAUUCUAUUGAUCGAAUGCCAUGGCUUGUUCGUAGACAUAUUGUCGACUGUUUAGAUUAUGCCAGCUGGUUUCAACUACAGUCUGUUUUCUCGCGGUAUAAAAGUCAUCCACCAACUCAUUUAAAAUUUGACAGUUCUUAUGCGUACGAAAAUGUAUGGAGCUCGACGAAACUCAGCAGGAAUGUUCGCAUUAGUCGAAUCACGGAAGACGAGUUUUAUGGUGGAAUUGUUAAGCCAACAGGUUCGAUUGGUGUCCUGUUGCAAAUGCUCAAGUUUAGUCCACGUAGUUUUCACAGCCUAACUGUUCUUGAUAUUAGUUAUCAGAUUAUUAAUAGGCAUCAAGUAUCUGAAUUGUUUUCCUCCAGCACUGCUUCGAUAUUUUGUCAGGUCAAGUCAGUAUCGCUUCGAAUUUCCCUUGAAUCGGCCAGCGAUGUUCGAGGUCCAAAUUUGGCCUUCUCCCCUCCUAAUUUGGAGAACCUUACUUUGAAUCUAAUGCACUGGCGAAGUAAUGAUUUCUCUGAUAUUGAUUCAUUAGUUCCUCUUAUUAUUAAUGCUAGAAAGCUAAGUUUUAUUUUGGACUUGCCCUCCGACUUAUUAACAUUUUUUGAUGGUCAAGGUCCGUUUGAAAAUGUGGUGGAAUUAGAGGCAACCGACCAUAAUCUGUCGCUUAUAAGAUCUAUUUAUACUAGAUUUAAUGAGAAUUUUCCUCGGCUGAAGAAAAUUGUCAUUAAAAAUUGUUGCAUAGAGCGCACCUUUGAGAUAUACCCUGAAUACUAUGCGUCUAUCUCCACUAAGCCUGUGGUUUGGUGUUCGAGUGCAGCUUCCCGUUUUAGAGAAUUUGAUUCUGUAAGAGAUAUUCUUUUUUUUGGCGACGAAGUGGUUGAUGUAUCAACAUUACACAAGUGUGUUAACGCGACGGUCUUUACUUGGUUUAUGCGAGGAUGGUCUUGCUUUUGGCAUGAUUUCCUACGAAACAUUCAUAUACUGAGGCCACUUCGGCGUCUAAAUGAGUUCAAGCUUCCUCAGCAGAUGUUUACGGCCUGGUCGGAGUUUGAUUCCUUUCGGUUCGAGUGCCGUAAGUUUACUCGGACUUUCUGGACAUUUCCCUCCGUGCAGUCUCUACAUUUCAUUCCUGCAAAUCGACGUGUCGUUGUAAGCGAUUUUCGAGCACCUGCAUUCCCCCAUGGUGAGAAAGCUGAUGAACUUUUGCGGCACAUGUUCGACAUUUUUCCAAACGUUAAGACAUUGAGUAUUGCCCCUGUGCCUUUGUUAGAAGGAGGUGAAGUAUUUCGUUAUUUGACUACCUCAACCAAGCUCACUGCCUUAAUGAUCCUCUAUACUAAACGCAUUCAACACGGAAGUCUUGAUGGUCGUUUAAAGUUUUAUAUGUGGUUACCUGCCACCAAAACACUAGAUGCCUUUCUCUUCUACACGGAUCAGGUGUUCUGGAUCAAUGAGACGGACGGAAUGGGCCUUCUGGAUUGUCUAAAGAAAAAUACUAGUCUGCGUUAUGCGUGCAUUAUAUGUGAUGUGCCCAAAUGUCUCGGACGUAUUGGUCUGACUGGGAAAGUGGUGGAAGAGAUCGGAUCGACCUGGUACAAUGAGCAAAAGGGAGGAUCUCAGGGUCGUUAUCUUCUCUUUGUCUUUCGUCAUCAUGGCCGCUUCUCCUGUCUGGCUGUGAAACCAAGGACGAAGAAGUGUCGAAAGUCGUACACUUUUGAGCGGAACAGCUUUUCUACAUGGCAUGGUCUUGAAUGCGCCUAUCCGGAAUUAUAUUCAGUGUUCUGGCGUCAUUUAAGGCAUCAUAUUAAUUUUCGUUAUUUACUCGGUGUAACUGGUGUCGUUGGUAGUGCCGCUCUGAUACUCUAUUUGAGCCCGCAGGUCCGCGAUUAUGUUACACAAACUGUCCCUCAACUCAAACCUUACAUAGACGGUAUGAAUAAAGCACUUGAUGAUUGGAAAAUGAAUUCGUCUUCACUUACAUCUUUCGAAUUCCCAACAAAGAAGGUUUCUGUGAGUCCUGAGGAUACUGGUGUUGGGCCAACUUUUCCUUCAACUUCAGAUGCCAUGCGUAUCGUUGGGGAUGUGAAGCAAUCGAUCAAAGAUAUCGAAUCUGAAAUUCACUUAGCCAUUGCCCACACUGAAAAGGCAGUCAGCGACGCCUUGGCGGAUCUUCGUGCUCUUCAUACUGUUACCGGACGUCAGUUGAAUGAUCAACAAGACGCUCUGGGUAAACUCGAACUUCCAAGCUUCUUAAGAGAUAAAGUGGGCGCAGCUGAACGCAAGGCCAAAGAGAGUCAUCAGAAUGCUCAAAGACAACUAGCCAAAUUACGAGCUCUUCUGGACUCGGCCAAGGAAAAUAUGUCAGAGAAGGAGAAAGAGUUGGUUAAAUCGGCCAUUGUUCGCUACAGUGAUUUAGCCUAUGAUCUCGCUGGUUUAGUCACUGAGGUUCGUCGUCUCCAAAACCAAAGCUCAGUUUACCUGAACCUCGCUAAUGCUGAUAACGAAGUCAAGGUCGCAUUACAGGACAAACUGAAUGCAAUUUUGCCCAAAUCUCUGUCUAAUUUGCGUAAAGAAGAUGGUUCUGAAAUGACACUGGAGGAAGUGAACUCUCUCCUUGCCAUGUCUUUGGAGCGAAUCGAUAAGCUACAGGAGAGUCUCAAGACCAGUGGUGAGACCGCCAAACAACACAUCGCCGCGGCUAUCCAAAAGUAUAAAAUGGAAGCUGAUCGAAUCGCUCAGGAAGCUGUAGAUCGAGCUAUUCAUCGUGAACAAGUCAAACGCGAGUUGGAGCGCUUUGAAUGGUUGGUCAUUUCGAAUGCCACUAUGGUUGCCUUGGUAGCGAAAUUGUAG